UCCGUCGUCAGACGAGCUCCCGCCCGCCCGCCCGCCGUCGCUUUGGAAAGGAAGACGACGAGUCUGCCGACUUGUUUCGCUCGCAAACAUGGCAAAUCCUGUUGUUUUCUUUGACAUCACAAUUGACAACGUCAAAGCGGGCAGGAUCACAAUGGAGCUCCGAGCGGACGUAGUACCGAAGACCGCCGAGAACUUCCGGGCGCUGUGCACGGGCGAGAAAGGUUUCGGCUACAAGGGUUCCUCCUUUCACCGCAUCAUUCCCGGCUUCAUGUGUCAGGGCGGCGACUUCACCAAUCACAACGGGACGGGGGGCAAGUCCAUCUACGGCGAGAAGUUCGCCGACGAGAACUUCACGCUGAAGCACGGCGGCUUCGGGACGCUUUCCAUGGCCAACGCCGGACCCAACACCAACGGCUCGCAGUUCUUCCUCUGCACGGAUGACACCGACUGGCUGGACGGCAAGCACGUCGUGUUCGGGAAGAUGUUGGAAGGCAAAGACGUGCUGAAGUCGAUGGAGAAGCAGGGGAGCAGAAAAGGGGACCCCAAAGUUAAGGUGGUCAUCGCCGACUGCGGCGUGCUCCCGUAGCUCCACGGCGCCGCCGCCUGCCUGCCUGCCUGCCUGCUCUGCGUCGCCACUUAAUGACGUCAAGCCUUCUUUAUUGCAGUACUGCGCCUGUUCACCACCAGGGGGCACCCUUAGCUAGCAACAAUUUUGUUCAAAAGUCAGAUUAACUGUAAAUCAGACAAGCUAUUUUUUAGUCCCAUUAAAAAUGGUUAUAACACGAAAUAA